UCCGUUAGAAUAUGCACUGGAAAAAUCAAGGAAUCCUUCCGUGAAUGAUGAACUGAAAUUCCUCCGAUCGGAUCGACAAUGGAAAGCAUAGGCGUGUUGUUAACUUGCCCAAUGUCAAAUUACCUCCAAGAACAGCUCUCCAAACGAUUCACCCUUUUCAAAUUCUGGCAAAUUCCCCCAAAUUCCAAGCUCGAAUUUUUCAAUCAAAAUUCAAAAUCUAUUCUCGCAGUGGUAGGAAAUGGAAUCCACGGUGCUAACUCGGAACUAAUCAACUCGCUCCCAAAUCUAGAAAUCAUAGCAAAUCACGGCUCCGGGUUGGACAAAAUUGAUUUACCUAAGUGCAAACACAAGGGCAUACGUGUCACCUACACGCCAGAUGUUGUGACGGAGGAGGUGGCGGAUUUGGUGAUUUUGCUUACUUUGGCGACACUGAGAAGGAUUUGUGCGGCGGACCGAUUUGUGAGGAGUGGGUUAUGGAAAAAUGGCGAUUUUGAGUUGACCCACAAGUUGAGCGGCAAAUCAAUUGGUAUAAUAGGUUUGGGGAGGAUUGGAUCUGCAAUUGCCAAGAGAGCUGAAGCUUUCGGCUGUUCAAUCAGCUAUCAUUCACGCUCGCAAAAGUCAAAAUCGAAAUACACUUACUAUCCAUCCGUACUCGACUUGGCUUCCAACUCUCAAAUCCUUAUUGUGGCCUGUGCAUUAACAGACGAAACUCGCCACAUUGUCAACCGCGAUGUCAUAAACGCGUUGGGUACAGAUGGAGUUAUCGUCAACAUCGGAAGAGGGGGUCACAUUGACGAACCUGAACUCAUAUCAGCACUUGUUGAAGGCCGGCUGAGAGGUGCUGGGCUUGAUGUACUUGAGCACGAGCCCGAAGUGCCCGAGAUUCUCCGCCGCCUGGAUAAUGUAGUUCUUUCCCCUCAUGUGGGAACUUGCACGAUGGAAACUCGUAAGGCCAUGGCUGACCUUAUUGUGGAUAACCUCGAGGCGCAUUUUUCGAACAAUUCUCUAUUGACUCCCCUUUUUAAGAUAAUGGUCACUUUGAAGCUCAAUAUAUACUUGUCAAACUUGGGAUGUUAUUUACUGCAGAAAAAAAUGGAGGACGUGGGCGUGCUAAUGACUUGUCCCAUGUUAACCUAUCUCGAAGAAGAACUCGAAAAGCGCUUCACACUCUUCAGAUUUUGGGAAUCGCAUUCCGAAACCCAGUUUUUGGAACAAAAAUCUGAUUCAAUUCUCGCAGUGGUGGGCAACGCUUCAUUUAAUGCCGACUCCGACCUGAUUGAUGCACUACCGCAUUUGAAAAUCGUGGCGAGUUACAGUGUCGGAGUGGACAAGAUUGAUUUGAAUAAAUGUGAAAAAAGAGGGAUCAGAGUUACAAACACGCCUGAUGUGCUAACAGAAGAUGUUGCUGAUACAGCCAUUGGAUUGAUAUUGGCGACUUUGAGGAAGAUUUGUGCUUGUGAUGGGUUUGUAAGAAAUGGGUCCUGGAAAAAUGGCGAUUUUGAGUUGACUACUAAGUUCAGUGGUAAAGCAGUUGGCAUAGUUGGAUUGGGUAGGAUUGGUUCAGCAAUAGCCAAGAGAGCCGAAGCCUUCGGCUGCACCAUCAGUUACCACUCCAGAACGAAGAAACCAACUACAAAUUACAGAUACUACUCCAACAUCAUCAAUUUAGCUGCCAACUGUGAAAUCCUCAUUGUGUCAUGCUCUUUGACAGAAGAAACCCAUCACAUUGUGAAUCGAAAGGUCAUAGAUGCUUUAGGACCCAAAGGAGUUCUCAUCAAUAUUGGACGAGGUGCACACGUUGAUGAACCCGAACUUGUGUCUGCAUUACUUGAAGGACGGAUAGCUGGAGCUGGACUUGAUGUGUUUGAAAACGAGCCUGAGGUACCUGAACCUUUUCUUGGACUUGAAAAUGUUGUUCUUUUGCCUCAUGUUGGAAGUGACACUUUUGAAACUAGCAAAGCCAUGGCUGACCUAGUCAUUGCAAACUUGGAGGCUCAUUUUCUACACAAACCUCUACUAACUCCAGUGAUUUGAGUAGAUUUUGUUCAUUUUGAACUAGCUUUCUAGCAAGUUUUGGACCGAAGAUUCUUUGGUGCUUCAACUUUGCACGCCUAUUUAUUUAGAAACAACAAUAUUGUUCAAUUUCUUUGGAAGCUUGGUAGAAAUUGCAAUCAUGUGCGUUACACUGUAGAUUGAUUCUUUUGGUGCCAUUUCAUAUAAUUUAUUUUCAAUUAGAGGAACCAAACACGUUCUAUUUCUGCAAUAUAACACUGCAUAGAAAGCAUUGUGAAAGCUGCCUCUAAAGUCAAAUAUUACAGUAAUCUACAACUAGAAAUUUCUAAUAAUAGGCAUGCUUGGUAAAAAAUAGGCAUGCUUGGUAAGAUGGACUAGAAGACACGAAGGAAGAAA